CAUUAGCAGAAAGAGGAGGAAACAGAAAGUGAAAAUGGAUCAGAACAAUGGACUGAAUGAAGACCUGGAGCUACCACUAUAUAGUCUGUCGACAAUUAUAGAUGCCACGGAUAGCUUUUCAUUCAACAAGAAGCUCGGGGAAGGUGGUUUUGGACCUGUAUACAAGGGUAGACUAACAGAUGGUCAAGAGAUUGCCGUGAAGAGGCUCUCACAAACUUCUGGACAAGGUGCCACAGAGUUCAAAAAUGAAGUGAUACUUAUAGCGAAACUUCAGCAUCGAAAUCUUGUAAAGCUCCUUGGUUGUUGCAUUGAAGGGGAAGAGAAAUUGCUGAUCUAUGAAUAUAUGCCCAACAGAAGCUUGGACUGCUACAUUUUCGAUCAAACACAAGGUAGGCAGUUGGAUUGGUCUCAGUGCUUCCACAUUAUCGAAGGUAUAGCAAGGGGUCUUCUCUACUUGCAUCAGGAUUCCAGACUGAGGAUUAUUCAUAGAGAUCUUAAAGCAAGCAAUGUGUUACUUGAUGAUGAGAUGAAACCAAAAAUCUCAGACUUUGGCAUGGCUAGGCUUUUUGGAGGAGAUGAGACUGAAGGAGUCACAAAAAGAGUAGUUGGAACCUACGGUUACAUGGCACCAGAAUAUGCCAUUAAUGGUCAAUUCUCUGUAAAAUCUGACGUUUUUAGCUUUGGCAUUUUAUUGCUGGAGACAUUAACGGGAAAGAGGAGUAGAGGAUUUCAUGAUCAGAAACACAACCUUAAUCUAGUUGGACAUGUGUGGAGAUUGUGGAAAGAAGGAAGGUCCUUUGAGGCGAUUGACGAAUGCUUAAGGGAAUCAUGCACUCUAUCAGAAGCAUUGCAUUGCAUACAUGCUGGUCUUCUAUGUGUCCAAAAGCUUCCUGAAGAUAGGCCGACCAUGUGGGCGGUGGUUCUGAUGCUAGGUGGUGAGAGUGCCUUGCCUCAACCCAAAAGGCCAGGUUUAUAUGUAGGAAAAUAUUCAUCAUCUGAAGUAGAUUCAUCUUCAAGUAAGAAUGAAACAUUCUCGUAUACAAAUGAAUGUUCAAUAACUGUGGCGGAGGCUCGAUAAGACUCGAGAUUCUCAAGUAGCAUCUAAUUUGUUAGUACUGUUCAUUCCUGUAGUGGAGGACGUCCAAAAUCUGCGUACCAAUCUAGGACUAAGGAUGAGGAGACAACUUUCAAAGAUUACAUUUCAUGACUCUGGUUUCU